AUGGGAGAAUGGGGCAAUGGUUGUGCCGUUAUGGACGACUUCGACGGAAUGAAGAUCCGAUUACCGCCUAGCAGUGAAUGCCCAAGGGGAACACCGGUUCAGCCUGCCGGGAAAACGGUGAAGUUGCAACCACAGGCUGAAUUGAGCAUGCAUGUUGCGGGAAGCGAAUCCAAAACGUUUGGGGCGCAAAAUCUUCGCGGCCUUGCACUGGAACUGGAUGAUAUUCCGGCAGGGAUUGACAUUACAUCGGAGCUCGCCAAACUGCCUGGUGUGUCGGUUGUGGAUUUCCUUCUGGAGAAAGCCGCAUCUGCGAAGGUGAAGACAGCCACAAUGUACGGAAAGCCGGCCAGCGAAGAAGGGGCUUUAGAGAAGGCGCGUGCAGGGCUGAGGAACGCCGCAGCAUGCAGUGCGGAGUAUAGAGCGGCGGAGGCGGCCUAUGGAGAGCGCGCUAUGAAUGCCGAACACCCGGCGGCGCGCGCGUCGUGGCCGGACGUGCGCGUCCGCUCGCUCGAUGACGUCGAGGACACGGCGCCGCGACUCCACCAGCAGGCGCCGGGCCUGCCGGCAGACGCGGACGACGCGACCCGUGCGUCCCUCGACUCGCUGCGGCGCGCGGUCUGCGAGGCGUACGCCGCCGACUCGCGCCGCGCGCAGCGGCGCGGCUUCGGCUUCAGCUUGCGGAGGGCGGCGUCUUCGGCGGGGCCGGGGUCUGGGAGCGUAGAAGCGGGCGUGCUCUACUACCCGUACGACCUGAUGCGGCUGCAGGGCGGCGCCGCGCGCUUCGAGGGCAACGCGUGCCUCAUGCUGCGGUACGACGGCACGCUCGUCGACGGCAGCGAGACUUCGCUGCGACUCCGGGUGCUGCCGCUGCUGCCGUAUGUGCGCGCGACCGAGGUUGGGUGGAGGCUGCGGCUGGAUCGCGGCGACGCGCCGCCCACAGAGGUGCGAGCGCUUCCUCGCACGGUGGCCGGUUCCGCCGCUGCGCCGCAAAUUGCGGCGCGGAGGCGACCGAUCGAUGCGCUGACAGAGAUGAUACAGCACUCGCUGUCGGAGAUGGCGGCGGCCGAGGACGCGCCGCUGCGCGGCCUCGUGCUAGUCGCGUCCCGCGACAUCGAGGAUGAAGAGCUCUUCCUCGACUACCGGCUCAACCCGGCGACGCGCGACAAGUGGCCCGGCUGGUACGUGCCGCUCGACGAGGAGGAGGCGGCGCGGCGAUGGGGUUGA